UGUGAAGAAAUAAUAUUUUUACGUGUUACUAUACCAUACAAUUUAAAAAUGACAGAAGAAGGAAAAAAAAUUUCUUUUGGUUUUGCAAAAACUAUUAAAAAACCUGUAUUAAAAAAUACACUUUCCCAGGAACAAAAGAAAGUCGAUUAUAUUGAAUGUCUUGAUGACAAAGGUAUUAAAGUAAUUGGAGAAGAGGAGAAGAAAGAUGAACCUCUGGUCAUUCCUUUGUUAGGCUCUGAAAUGUGGCAUGAUAGAAUUAUUAAUAAAAUUGAUGCUGAUAUUUUUGAGCCCAAACCAGUGCCAAAUGAAGAACUGAAAUUAAAAAAUGAUAUUAAAAAAGAGCAGAGUAACGAAAUAGCUAAUGGAAAUGCAACGCCGAUUCAUACAGAUAUUCCUCCUAUGAUUAUUAAAAUAGAGCCAGCUGAUUCAACUACUACAGAAACGACAUUGGAAGAGCAGGCAGCUAAAGAAAUUAUAGAAGAUUUAAAAUCUACAGGAAAAAAAGAAGAUUCUAAAGUUUUAACAUUACCUGUAACAGAAGAGGAAAAAGCUUUAAGAGGACAAGAAGAGUCUACUUUAGAAGAUUAUGAACGAAUUCCAAUAGAUGCGUUUGGUCUUGCUAUGUUACGUGGAAUGGGAUGGCAACCUGGACGAGGAAUUGGGAAAAAUGAAAAAGUAGUCGCAACUGUUAUACCUGAAUUACGUCCAAAAGGAAUGGGCCUUGGAGCAGACAAAGUUACAUUGCAAAAACAAACAACAAAUUCUAAAGACAAACAAGAAGAAGAAAUAAAAAUUAAGAAAGGUACCUAUGUGAAGAUUGUAAGUGGCAAAUACGUUAACUCUUACGGUCAAAUAGAAGGAUUAGACGACGAUGCUGGAAGAUUAAUCGUAAAAAUGGCUUUGGGAGGAAAUAUUAUUUCUGUAAACGAAUUUAUAGUUCAACCAGUUACAAAAGACGAGUACAUUAAGAAAGCUAAGGUUUUAAAUGUAGCAAAGUACGAGGAAUAUAAGAACAAAGAAGCAACUGAAUUAGAAAAAUCUCCAUCUUCUGAACCCAGCAAAAGUAAUCAAAAUAGCGAAAAGGAACAAUAUGAAAGAGACGAAAGAGGUAAUACCGAAAAACACACUAAAAGAAAACAAAAAAAAGAUGAUCAUAAAAAAAAAUCAAAAAAGCACAAAAGACAGUCAACCGACAGUGAUAGUAGUAUUGAAAGAAAAAGCAGAAAAAGAAGAAGCUCUAGUAGUAGCAGUAGUAGCAGGCAUAGGCCAAAAAAAUCUAAGAAAACUAAAAAACAUAAGAAACAUGAUAGUUCACCGGAACAAUCAAGUAAAAAACGAAAGAAGAAGGAUAAGGAACGUGAAAAAACAAAAGACAAAUAUAGCCAUAAUUGUGAAACUUUAGAUAGAAGGAAACAUAAACAAAAAAGAUCACGAUCUAAGUCGCCAAAGAGAAGAUCCAGAUCGAGAUCCAGAUCAGCUAGAAGAUGAUGUACAUUUAUUCAAAUUGAAUUAAUAUUCCUCAUUUAACCGCAAGCUCUAUUGUACUAUUUCAUUUAUAUAUAAUUUUUUCUCUUAAUAAAACUUAUUUUUACAUAA